AUGGCCGCCAAGAUCUUUGAGACCAUGAGCAGACUAGGCCUGGGUCUGGCGGUUGCCGGUGGCAUAGUCAACUCUGUUGUUUACACCGUGGAUGCGGGCCACAAAGCCGUCAUCUUUGACCGGUUCCGGGGCGUCCAGGACGUUGUGGUGGGAGAAGGGAGCCACUUCCUCGUCCCCUGGGUGCAGAAACCGGUCAUCUUCGACUGCCGCUCUCGCCCGCGCAACAUCCCGGUCGUCACCGGCAGCAAAGAUCUACAGAACGUGGACAUCACCCUGAGGAUCUUGUUCAGGCCGGUGGCGGCGCAGCUUCCCUGGAUCUACACCACGGUGGGCGAGGACUACGACGAGAGGGUGCUGCCAUCACGACCGAGACCCUGAAGUCGGUGGUGGCUCGUUUCGAUGCCGGCGAGCUGAUCACCCAGAGGGAGCUGGUCUCCCGGCAGGUCAGCGAAGAACUGGCAGAAAGAGCAGCCCCCUUUGGUCUCGUCCUGGACGACGUUUCCUUGACGCACCUUACAUUCGGGAAGGAGUUUGUGGAGGCCGUCGAAAUGAAACAAGUGGCCCAGCAGGAAGCAGAAAGGGCCAGGUUCAUGGUGGAGAAGGCCGAGCAGCUGAAAGCCGCGGCGGUCCUCUCCGCCGAAGGCGACGCAAAGGCCGCUCAGCUCAUCGCCAGCUCGCUGGCUUCGGCGGGCGACGGACUCAUCGAACUGCGCAAGCUCGAGGCAGCUGAGGACAUUGCUUUCCACCUUGCGCCGUCCCGCAACGUCACCUACCUGCCCACGUUGGUCCAGCCAGCCCAGCAAGUGAAGCUGGCAUCCCCGUCCUAA